AUGAACAAGCCAUGUGAGAACGGAGUCGUCCCAUUGCUGCUGGCCACGCACUGCAGACUCGUGUCCGGGAGAGCGCUGCUGCGGAACAAACGCAGCCCCAUGUGCCACAACGUCCGCCCGUGCAGAGAUCAGGUCCUGGAUCAGAUCCACUGCCAAGUGGCACGCCUGAACAUGUCAGCCGAGGAGCUCUUCGAGGUCUACCUGAAACACCAGGGUCACCCCUUCUGCCACAAGGAGCUGGAUAGGUUUUGUCCGCCUGACCAAACGUUCCCCUCCUUCGACAAUAAGACAAGCGAGGAAAAAGACAGGCUGGUAUCCCUUUACAAGAUCUUUAUCUAUUUCAACACCUCCCUGGGCAACAUCACCAGAGACCAGAAAGUAUUUGGCAAAGACAGGGAGGAGGUGCUGAGGCAACUGAGUAACACCACCAACACGACACGGGGCCUCCUGUCCAAUCUCACCUGCCUGCUGUGCUCCAAGUACAAAGUCAAGCAUGUGGACGUGGUUUACAGCAACAGCUCCAGCACGGAUAAAUUCUUGCAGAAAAAGCAGGGCUGCGAGGAGCUGAGAAGGUAUAAAAAAGUCAUCUCACAAGCAGCCGUCAGCAUGGGCAAUUGCCGGAGGCAACUGUGA